ACUGUGAGAAGUAGGAGGCAGGGCCGUCUGCGCAAAGUGAGGGUGCGUGUAUCUGUUGCCACCUAACAGGUUGUCCCAAACCUCGGGGACUUAAAACGAUGAUCAUAUAUCAGAUCUCAUGGUCUUUGUGGUUCAGGAGUUCAGGACCGCUUCGCUAGAAGGUUCUGGCUCAGGGACUUUCCUGAGUUCCUAGCGGGCUCUCAGCCGGGCUGUAGCCAUCUGGAGCCUGGACUGGUGCCUAGGGUUCAAGGCCAAGGCGGUUCGCUCCCAGGGUCAGUGGUGCUGCUGGAGGGAGGCCUCGGUUCCUCUCCAAGUCGGUCCCUCCAUGGGGCCGCCCGAGUUCCUUGUAACGGGGCUUCCCCCGGAGCAAGCGGGACGAGAGACCAAGCAACGCUGCAGUGCCUUGGAGCACCCAGCCUGGGAAGUCGCCCCCAAGGCGCUCUUGUGACCCGGGUCAGCCCGACGCGGGCGGGUGUGGACACCAGGAGGCUUGGGUCAUGGGGGCCAGUCAGGAAGCUGGUUGCCGCAGAGGGCGGAGGGGAGGGUGUGCGAGGGGUAAAGAGAUUAGAGGCCUGAUGAUGGGGAGCCACACGGACUUACAGGAUGUCUUGCAGGGGCAAGGCUGUUUGCAUGUUGGUGACCGUGCUUCCCCAGAGGUGGCGGCAUGACAGCCCCACCGCGGGCAGGUCCCCCAGACGCUGCCAUGGAGCCGGCAGGUCAUUGGAACCGGGCCGGGCGCUGCUCUGCUGGGCAGGGGCGCGGGCAGGGUGUGUGGAUGAGGAAUGUGUGGGUGAGGGGUGAUGAAAUCCAGGGGGAAGCGUGAGAUGAGAACAGGACGUGCCUAAUGCCUGAUGAAGUAGCGGGGGCGGGGGAGAGUCCUCCGUGUGGUGAAAGAACACGUGAAAGGGGCGCCGGGGUGGCUCAGUCAGUUGAGCGUCUAACUCUCCAUUUCGGCUCAGGUCACGAUCUCACAGUUCGUGGGAUUGAGCCCCGCAUUGGGCUCUGCGCUGGGUGUGGAUCCUGCUUGAGAUUCUCUGUCUCCCUCUGCACCCCUGCCCCCAACUCACACUUGCCCUCUUUCUCUCUCUCUAAAAAAAAAAAACAAAAAACAAAACACAUGUAGGGAAAGAAAACAUGAACAAGGACACUGUUUGGGAGGCUGGAUUCAGAGAGACCUUUCUCAGCUAUUGUUUUAGGUGGCAGAAUAGUGUCAGGUGAUGACAGGGUCUAGGGUGGCGCCCCAGGUGGAAGGGGACAAACUCGUAACACCGAGGGUCGUCCUCACGCACUCUGACGUCACCCGUCAUCUGAGGGCGGUGGGGCUGGGGGAGGCAAAGACUAGUAUCAGCCGUCAUCAUCUCCAGUAACCAAAGGGUCGGACCUGGGAAUGUGUUUGUGACAGCCACCUGCAUGGGAAGAAUGUGCCCUGAGACUCAGGGAAGCUGGGGGUUUAGGUGGGGCGGCGGAGGCGUGUCCCGGUCGAACCGUUGGGACCCAAGAGGACGAGCUCUGGCUUCGCCAGCCCUGGUUCAUCACCUGCUAAGUAAAGACCCAAUACUGGGGACCCCACCUGCAUGUUGAAGGAGGACACAACGGGCAGGCUGAGAUGGGUUGGUCCGCGGAAGGCCGCGGUGGGAGGGAGGCUGUGAAGGCUUCCUGUUGUCCCGUUUCCACCAGGGCCCGGCCUGAGCACGCUGUGCCGACCAGAGGAGGAGCGUCCGGGAAAUUCCUAGGAGGAGCGUCCGGGGAAAUUCCUGUCUGAGUCACAGGAUGGCGGCCGUGGUUCUGCCCCCCACUCGUGCUCAGCCUUCCCUGUACUCAGCCUCUCCUCGGAACGGACGCCCGGAGGAGGAAGGGCUGGCUAAGGGCUUCCUGAGCGGCUGGUUACCGCACUCGGUGACCUUCGAGGAUGUGGCCGUGGAGUUCACCCCGGAGGAGUGGGCCCUGCUGGACCCUUGUCAGAGAACACUGUACAGAGACGUGAUGCAAGAGAACCGCAGGAACCUGGCCUCGCUCGGAAAUCAAGUUGGUAAGCCUGGUGUGGUCUCCAAAUUGGAGCAAAAAGAUAACGUGGUGACAAAGGAGACUGGAAUUCUCCCAGGCAGCUUUCCAGAUUUGGAGACUCUACUUAGAGCCAAAGGGUUAACUUCUAAGCAGCAUGUUUUCAGACAAGAGCAACACAAAGGUGUAAAAAUGGAAAGAAAUCAUCUCGGAGUGAAAGUCAACGAAUGUAAUCAGUGCUUUAAAGUCUUCAGCACAAAAUCUAACCUCACUCAGCACAAGAGAAUUCAUACUGGAGAAAAACCCUAUGACUGUAAUCAGUGUGGCAAGUCCUUCAGCAGUAGAUCCUACCUGACCAUUCACAAGAGGAUACACAAUGGGGAGAAGCCCUAUGAGUGCACGGACUGUGGCAAAGCCUUCAAUGAUCCCUCAUCCCUUAAGCUGCACGUGAGAAUUCACACUGGAGAAAAACCCUACGAAUGUAAUCAGUGUUUCCAUGUCUUCCGCACUAGGUGUAUCCUCAAAAGGCACAAGGGAGUGCAUACCGGGGAGAAUCAUUAUGAAUGUAAGCAGUGUGGGAAGGCCUUCAGCACAAGGUCCUCCCUUACUGUGCAUCACAGAAUUCAUACGGGGGAGAAACCCUAUGAGUGCCACGACUGUGGGAAAGCCUUUAGGAAGAGCUCACACCUGACACAGCAUGUGAGAACUCAUACUGGAGACAAACCCUAUGAGUGUGAUCAGUGUGGAAAAUCCUUCAGCAGUAGCUUUUCUCUUACUGUGCACAAGAGAAUACAUAAUGGAGAGAAACCUUAUGAGUGUAGUGACUGUGGGAAAGCAUUUAACAAUCUCUCGUCUGUUAAGAAACAUGUGAGAACUCACACUGGAGAGAAACCCUACAAAUGUAGUCAUUGCGGAAAAUCUUUCACCACUAACUCUUACCUUUCUGUGCACAAGAGAAUUCAUAAUAGGUAGAUAGGAAUGCAGUGACUAUGGGAAAGAAUCCAUUGAUUUCUCAACCUCAGACAUCUUGGCAAUUCAUACUGGAUGCAGAAAUUAUCUUUGCAUAACAAAUUAACCCCAAAACGUAGUCCUUUAAAGCAACAAACCUUUAUUGUCUCACAAUUUACGUAGGUCAGGAGUUCAGAAAUGGAUUAGCUACGUAAUUCUAAUUCUAGCUCCCUCAUGAGGUUGCCAUCAAUAUGUCAACUAGAACUACCAUCAUCUGAAGUCUUUAGGAAUGAAGGGUCCACUUUGAAGGUUGAUUAUUCACAUGCCUGACAAACUAGUGCCAGUUGUUGGCAUGGGACCUGCAGUCCCUCGCCAUGUAGGCCUCUCCACAGUGAUGAGUGUCUUUACAAUAUGGCAGCAGGUUCUCUCCAAAUAAAGUGAUCCAAAAGAGCCAAUGCAGAAGCCAUAAUGUCUUUUAUGACCUAGUCUCAGAAGGAUAUAUUGUCUCUUCAUCUAUAUUGUGUUGGUCAUCUGGACCAAUCCUGACUCGAUGUGGGAGGGAACUACACAAGGUAUGCAUAAAAGGAGACAGAAACUACUGGGGACCAUCUUGGAGCCUGGCCAUGACUCAGUGAGGGAAAGCCUUCAGCAGGCCCUCCUUCUAAUCUAAUCAACAUGGAAUAAUAUUCAAUAGCCCACAUGUUAACUAACUGUGGAGAGAAGCCCUAUCAAGUGCAGCCUAUGUGGUAAAACUCUCACAGAAAAAAAUUACCUACUGGGGAGCAACAGGAGGAAUGCAUUGGCUAAAGGGAAGCCUGUCAUGACAUCUCCAGUGAAUCACAAUUAUCACAAUAGUAUGACAAUUCACACUAAGGGAAAGCCCUAGGAAUAUCAUCAAAAUGGAAACCUCUUCAGAAGACACACACCCUUUGAGGCGUGCAUAAGGAAUCACACUGUAGAGGAACACUGUGUAUAAGAAAUACGGAAUGGAAACCAUUGGUACCCUACUCUUCCCUCUCUGUGCCUAGGGAGGUUAAUGGGCUAUAUCCUUGGGCUCAUUUGCCUUUGGGCUUCUGUUUGGGUUGGUCAGUGGAGAGCCCAGGUAGGAGAUCAGAGGGAUGGAGGAGAAUGAGUACAUACCACACCAUUUCCCCACAAGAGAACUGGGAUCUGGGUGCUAUCCUGGGCCUCUUCUCAGCCCCUGUAGUGCAGCCUUCUCCCCUCUUUCCACUAUGCUCCAAAACUUCAAUAAUCACUCCCUCCUCUUUCCUCUCCUUCCUUGUUCUUCUUCCAGUCACUGAAUAUGCACUAUUACCUUUUGGUUUCCCUGCAUCCUGCCUGCAAUUGUUCUGGUAUAGUGAUACACCAAGGUACUAAGAGUAUAAUGAAUGGUCUUUACCGUUUCCUACAAGGCCCCAAACAAUCAGGAUCCACUGUAGAUCUGACCCUCCCCCCUUCCACCAGUCUUGUUUACUUCCUAUACUCUAGUCACACUUGUCUUGCUGUAGCCCCAUCACCCCAGCACAGUUCAAUAUCAGGGUCUCUGUACUGCCUAGACUCAUAUUCCCAACGUAGCUACAUAGCUCACUCUUUUCAGUUCACUUAGGUUUCUGCCAAAAUGUCCCCUGAACUGAAAGGCUUUCAUUCCCACUCCAUAUAUAAUGAGCAAGUCACCAAUUCCCACAUUUCUAUCUUUAUUAGGAGUUCUUCAUCUCAGUAGUACUUAUUAUCAUCUGACUGACUUUCUAUAUAUACUUCUUUAUUUGACUAAUACUUAUUCCCCAUUCCAACCCUCACUAAAUUAUAAACACCAUGAAAACAAGGACUGUGCAUUUGAUUCAUCACUGUAGAUCCUGUGCCACAAGCCAUGCCUGGUCCAAAGGCAGUGUUCUGUUCUAUUGCAUAGAGAUUAAGAGGAUGGACUCUGGAGAGAGACCAUUUGAGGUCAAGUCUAGACCUUACCACUUAAUUGCCUGGUUACCUCAGACAAAUAACAAACAUUUUGUGCCCAAGUUUUUUCAUUUGUAAGAUGGAAACAAUGAGAGUGCUUUGUAAACUUGUACUGAGGAUCCAAUUAGUUAAAAUACGUAAGCA